AUGUCAAAUUUGACAAAGUUGGAAUUCGUGACCCUGGAUAUUUCUGGCAAAAAUUAUUUAUCUUGGAUUCUGGAUGCUCGGAUCCAUUUGGAGGCCAUGGGCCUUGGUGACACAAUUAAAGAAGACAAUGAGGCAUCAUUGCAAGAUAAAGCAAACACCAUGAUUUUUCUUCGGCGCCAUAUUAAUGAACUUUUGCUAGAAAAAACAUUCACCACAUUUCACGCCUCGAAUGUACUCUUGCAACAACAAUAUCGAGAGCGUAGAUUUAAAAAAUAUUCAGAGCUGAUAUCAUGUUUGCUGGUGGCAGAGCAAAAUAAUGAGCUUUUAUUAAGAAACCACCAGUCCCGUCCAACUGGAUCGACACCGAUCCCUGAAACAUAUGUUGCCUUAUCUCGUGGUCGUGGACGCGAACGUGGACGUGGUCGUGGUGGUAGAAAUAGCCAUAAUAAUGAAUAUGGUCGUGGGCAUUGGCAAAGUAUUAAACCGAAGCAUCUGGCUGAUCUUUACCAAGCCUUAAUGAAAGAAAAGGGAAAACAAAAGGAAAUGAAUUUCCUUGAUCAUGAUGAGCCAGUUGACACCACAAAUCUGGAAAUGAAUUUCAUUAAUCAUGAUGAGCCAGUUAACAUCACCAAUCUGGAUGUAUCAAAUUUUUUUGAUGAUCGUGAUGGAAGGAUAGACUUCCUGAUUGGUGAUGGAAAUGUCCACACCAGUUAA